CCCUUUUCUGCUCAUCGAGAAAACCAAGUCAGCACGCCACAAGAUGCAUCUGCUACAAGCGGUCUUCACCGUAUUCCUGGUCGCUUCCCCAGCCUUGUGUGAAGUUUCUGAGCCAGCAGCUACACCGCAGUACGUCCCGAAAUGCCGGGGUUUGCACGGUCCCAAGAAUUAUCCAAAUCCCAAGCAGGCAAACACAUACUUCCAAUGCGUGUAUGGUCGACCUGUCAAGCUCUGGUGUCCGUCAAGACAACUCUUCAACGCCGCUAGAGGAAAGUGUGUUCCCAUCAAAAACAUCGAUGAAUACCCUGACGUUGACCGAUCCAAGAUAAAAUGUCGCUGGCAUGGGCAAUACAUAUGUAAUCCCUUAAAUCCACGUUCCUUCUACCAAUGUUCGCAUGGAGUGCCUUACCUUCACGACUGCCCAGGAGGGCUAGUCUUCAACACGUGGUACAACGUCUGCAACUAUUGGGCCCCUAUCAAUGGAUGUGGAUCUACUAAAUGUCCGGAUGGUGAGGAAUACAACCCGGACACAAUGAUGUGUGAGCAAGCCGAAAUAGAUCCGUGUCAAGCAAAGCAAUUACCAACCGGUUUUUACCCUGACCUAAGCACUGAUUGUGAAUACUACUACCGAUGUGAAAAUGGCAGUCAAGAUGGCGACAUUCUCAAAUGCCCCGAAGGGCUCAGAUUCGAUCCGCGCACCAUGGAAUGUGAAUCGGAUCUUUCAAUCAUUUGUGCUCCAUGUGGCACAAAGAAUUGUUAAAGCAUGGCGACGGACUGUCAUUGGUAAUUCCAUUCCAUAGACCUACAUAUCCUAUUCCACUCCGCAAGACUGAUUAAUGACAACUGAACAGAAUAACUACUGAAUAAAGUCUGAAUAAAACCUUUUUAACAAAGCACGAGUUUAAAAACUCAAUUCUUGUGAGAAUACACUGCAUUGCUGUUUUAUAAAGCGAUCUAUAGUUGAAGAUUAAUCAUUGUCAUUAUCUUCUAUUCAUUAUCAUUCAAAUGAACUAUGGAUCAAUCUACAUGGAACACUGAGUCAAAUAAAUCAUUGCCUCAAGCAAUUUUGA